GCUUGAUGAUAACCUAAAAUAAAAAGUACUUAAUUUAACAUUUUCUUAAAAAUAUGGGAGAGAACGAAAAUUUACAAUUUAAAGGCGGUAAUCCAGGCGCUGUUCAGUUUGGAAAUUUCAUAAAUUAUUAUCAGUUCCAUCCUCCAGAAGAAAGAAUAAAUCUGUUACCAAAGAACGUAUGGAAAGGUGACCAGCCUUGUAUAGCACUGGACGUCGGAUGUAACGCAGGAAAUUUAACCGCUGCGCUGUACGAUUUCAUAAGCAGCAACAUAACAAAGGAUUGCAGUAUUUUAGGAAUCGACAUUGACCCAGUUUUGAUAAGGCGUGCUGAAGACACAAACAAUAGUGAUAAACUGACAUAUAAAUGUUUAGACUUUAUGGACGAAAACAGUCGAACGGAGAUUAUAACAAGUUAUCUGAAAUCCAAAGGAGUGGAUAAAUUUAAUAUCGUGUUUUGUUUUUCUACCACGAUGUGGAUACAUUUAAAUAACGGUGAUGUGGGGUUAAGAAAAUUUUUGAAAGAAGUAUCUAAUAUUUGUGAAUUGUUGGUAAUAGAGCCACAACCAUGGAAGUGUUACAAAACUGCAGUGAAAAGAAUGAAGCAAAAUAAUUUCACCUUUCCUUUGUUUUGCGAGUUAAGAAUUAGGAAAAAUGUAGAGGAUGAAAUUGAACAAUAUUUGACGCUUGAGUGUGGUUUGUCUAAAGUUGCCGAAAGCAAUAGGACUAAGUGGGAUAGAAAGUUAUUAAUUUUCCAAAGAUAACGACAAUUAGAAAGAAAUAUAAGUAAGGUCACUGCUCACGCUUUUGACUGUUUAGUAAAUUUUUUUAAACUUUCACAACUUCAUCAGUAAUUAUUUUCAUUAAAUAUAAAAAUAAUUUUGUAUUUAAAUAAAAAAAAUAAUUGGCAACUAAUUUUUACCUGUUUUCAAUUAACUGCUGUUUGACUUCUACCAUAAAUAAUAUUACCGUUUUCGACCACUCCUAAUAUUGCAUAAUUUUAAUUGACAACAGUUGCUCACACCUGAAUUAAACGUUGAAAAUACAAUCGCAAAACUAGCAACACAGUAAAACUUCAAGAAUAUCUUUGAAAUACAGAAUAAAUGUCAUUUUUUUAAUUUUUCCCGUCAUCAAUAAUUUGGUUAGUUUUUAAAGGGCAUUUUACCUAC